AUUUAAAGCUUAGUAGUUUCUCUAUUCAUUGCUAGAUGGCGUGCUAUAGAGUUUUACAAGCACAGGUUUCACGAAAUUUCGAGACAUUGCUAGUCCAUCUUGCUUUUGGAUAAAAGCAGUGUGGCGCGGUGCUCGCUGUUAGUACUUGAAUUGGAAAUCGUACGUACGUUCGUACAGUAAUUAUUCGCAGUGCAAUUUUUCCCACGAUAAAUACAACAAUCAACAAUUACAAUGUCAUUACUACCAUAUCUCUUUGAUGAAUAUCGCCCACACCGUAUACAAGACCAACUUUUUGGCUUAGAUUUAUCUCCGAACGACUUUUUAACUGACAUUUUCGACAGACCAACGCUCCAGAUUCGGAAAUACAUACGUCCAUGGCGAAACUUGGCUCUGGCGGCACGGGAUCUUGGUUCCACCAUUAAAUCUGAUAAGGACAAGUUUCAAAUAAAUCUGGACGUCCAACACUUCGCCCCUGAAGAGAUAUCUGUGAAGACGGCCGAUGGAUUCGUGGUUAUUGAAGGGAAACAUGAAGAAAAGAAAGACGACCACGGUUUUGUGUCAAGGCAGUUCACCCGCCGGUACGCUUUGCCUGAUGAUUGCAAUCCAGAGACUGUUGAAUCCAAGCUUUCUUCUGAUGGAGUUCUGACUGUUACUGCACCCUUACUUACAAAGGGUGGUAAGGAUGAGAGAUCAGUACCCAUUACACAUACAGGACCCGUCAGAAGGAAGGUAGCUGAUGCUGUGACCAACGAAGCCAAUGGGGAAGCGGCAGAGGAAGAAAUUAAAUCUCCACAAAAGAAGAAAAGACGUUAAUAGUUUAAUUAGGAUAAGCACUUCAUAUUGAGACUGAUUUUGUAUUACUUA